AUGGGAAAUGUGAAGCCAAUGGAAAAAUGUUGUGUGACGUCAACUUCUACGGGUUAUUUUGUAAUGUGUCAUGCGUCUCUACAGGAAACAAACACGCCCCAUGGAAUAUGUGACCGCAACGGAAGUCUUGUUUGUACAACUGGCUACUUUGGUCCUGACUGUGACGUAUCAUGUUUCAACAGUACACACGGAACUUGUAAUCAUAACGGAACUUUUGUUUGUAAAACAGGUUUCUAUGGCCAGGACUGUGAUGUGUCUUGUACAAACACAACGCAUGGAGCAUGUAACGAGAACGGAACACUAAUUUGUAAAACGGAUUCAUAUGGUCCAAAUUGUAAUGUGCUUUGUGCAAACACAGAACACGGAAAAUGCAAUUUAAACGGAACUCUAGAAUGCGAAGAGCAUUAUGUUGGAACAGGGUGUGAAAUAUUCUGCAACAACACUUUGGGAGAUUUGUGUAGCUGCCCAAGUGGAUAUACUGGGGAAAGGUGUGAUGUUAAGCUUUCGGGAUGUUCUUCACAGCCUUGUCUGAACCGUGGCACCUGUACAGAAAUUGGAAUGACUUAUGAAUGCCAGUGCUCAAAUGAAUACAUUGGUACAAACUGUGAGAUAUUAAACAUAUGUGCUUAUUCCCCAUGUCGCCAUGGACAAUGCACUGCAACUUCCUCUGGCUUCCAUUGCAGAUGUAAGCAUGGUUGGACAGGAUUCACAUGUGAAACUGAUAUCAACGAAUGUCUCCAGUCUGUAUGUCCGUCUGGACAGACAUGUAUCAACAACUUCGGAAGUUAUACCUGCCUGUCUUGCGACAACACAACCUGCCAGAACAACGGGACAUGUAGUUUCAAAGACCAUGUUCCGGUCUGUGACUGUGGACGUGGUUGGACCGGAGCAGACUGUUCCAUUCCCGACUCCUGUAUUGACAACCCUUGCGGCCAUUACAGAGGAUGUGAAGCCUUUCUUGACGGGUAUUACUGUCACUAUAUGGACAAUGUCUGUAGCCUUGUGCCAUGUCAAAAUGGCGGAGUAUGUCGACAAGACGGCCACAUGUUUACUUGCAAAUGUCCCAUCGGGUAUGCUGGCAAAACUUGUGAAAUGGUAGAUCCUUGUAUAAGUCAGCCAUGCUUAAACGCUGCAACUUGUACUUAUGAUACGAACACUUUCGUAUGUACGUGCGCUCGAGGAUGGAUCGGACAUACUUGUAAUAUAAUUGACUAUUGCGCAUCGGGCCCUUGUAAUAAUAACUCCGUGUGUGUCAAUGGGAAUGGCAAUUACACAUGUGUCUGUCCAGUUGGAUGGAAGGGACAUAACUGUAUGACGAAGGACAUCUGCUUCGACAGUCCCUGCCAUAACGGAAGUACGUGCAUUGCUUCCGGCUCGACAUUCACGUGCGUAUGUCCACCAGAAAUAAAGAGAGAAAUGUGUAACAGUACGAGGGACAAAUGUGAUCCGUCGCCUUGCUUUAACAACGCUCUUUGUGAGACAGUUGGUGAGGCUGCCGUCUGCUACUGUCUCGGGGGCUGGGAUGGUAAUUUCUGUGAGAACGAUAUCAAUGAAUGUGAAACGAGUCCAUGUCCUAAACCGCUCUCCUGCGAUAAUUACCCUGGAGGCUUUAGAUGCAUGGAUCACGUGUUCAGACGAGAUGUACGACAAACCCCGAGAUUACGACCAAUCAGGACAACACAAUCACUAGGUAGAACACAAUUACACAUCCCCUCUUUGGUUACGAAGGAAAACGUGUUCAUGAUUACACAACACAUACGGAAUGGCAUCACCGUGCGUCUCUGUGUGACAAAGCCAUCGUUCAUACAUCUUCUCGGAUUCAGUUCUAAUUCUAGUUUCGGUAAUUCAACUAUUGAGAUACGGGUACUUUGCGGUGAUGACGUCAUUGACAAGGAAACAGUCUUACAUGCGUUACAGGAUUUUAUUUGAAAACGAAGAUGCUAAUGGCAUUGCAUCAUUAGGGACAUGUUCUGUUUUUUUAUUGUUGUCAAGUGUUGAAAACUAUUUUAGCUUCAUCAAUGAAUUAAGAUACAUUCUAAUAUGAAUUAAUCAAUUGAAUGAAAGAUGAUCUGAAAAUAGGUUUGAGGGUAUUUACCAUGGAAGGGUAUGUAUUUAUGCCUUUAUGAACUAGGAUAGGGUAUUUAGUAAGUCAUAGGAAGGGGUGACGGUCUCAAAGACGUUGAAAUGAAGUCACGAGACUUCCGGAUUUUUUUGACGUAGAUUAUUGACACUCCGAUAGAAAACCUAAAUAUUGAUAACAUUAUAUAGGUUUUAAUUGGUACUGGUCCAUGUAUUUUGUUAUGAAUAUAAUAAUCUGUCAACUUAGAAAUGACGACAGCGGUUUGAACACUGACCGUUCACUUUACAAUUUAAAAGAUUCUCCAACAGUUAGGAACUGCUGGAUUAUUUGUUAAUCCUCUACUAUUCAACCACCUACGAUUGAUACUAAGAAAACAGCUGAUUAAUUAAAAAAAUGAUCCAUGGCAACAAUAAUAUAAACAUAUUACUCACGAAAGUCAUAUAUGCGAUGAGGAUUUUUUCAUGUUCUCCUGUAUUCUCCCUACAUGCUUAUCAUCGUACAUUAUAUUGACACUGAACAAUUUUAACUUUUGUUUAUCUGGUCUGGUUCGGAAUAGUGACAAACUGUAUUUGUUGUUGAUAAGUUUGUUUGAUAAUUUCAAUGACUGUAUCACACCGGAAUCAUAAGAAGACAAGUAUACGCUUUGCCUGAUUCAUUAUGCUUUUAUUGUUUUACUCAUACAUUUACUUAUUGUGAAAUUACAAGAUUUCAGAAUAAAAUGACAUUUUUUGAGUUCCUGUUAUAAACGGAUAUCCUUUGACUUGUAAAGUGUUAUUCUUCAACAGAAUUACAAUGUGAAAUGAGCAAUUUUGUGAACUUUCUACAGUAACAGACUAUUUCUCUGAUACUAUGUUCAGUGAGAUGUUUAGGUAAAUUCACCUCCUUUCUAUUGUGUUACAUGUGUUUAUAUCCAGUUUGAUUAUCCUGUGCUCCCUUCUUCUAGAUUUCCCAACUUUUGGGCACUGCCAUCGCUGAACAUUUCUUUAAAAGGAUCACAUACAUGCAUACUGCAGCGGAAACUGUACAUGUGUUUAUAAUCAUUUAUAAUCCUUAAAAUAAGAUUAGGUUAUGAACGUCCAUAAGAUGGACUUCUGUUAUUAUACAAAAAAGAAAAAAAAUGAUUAAAAAUGAUUUGAAUUGAUAGCUUAGCGUUUGUAUUGAAACUUGUGUGUGCAAAUCACAUUAUUUUGUGUUUUUCUUCGUCCAUGUUUCAUAAUCAUCAUUGAAAACUUAAUUCUACUGAAAUGUAUGAUAUACUAAUCUUCAUAACAUUGCUGUAUUUAAAUACUGUAAUACCAUUUACUUCAUUUUCACUCAUUCCUGUUAAGAGUACAAACAUGACAAAAUAUUUAAAUGCAUGUCCAUUUGAUUUUCAAACUAAGAUAAUGAAAAGGAUAAUAACUAUCUCUCUUUCUUAUGAAACAUAUUAAAUGGAAGAAUGUGUAAAAAUGUCUCAAUCCAUAUCCGAUGAUUCGAACACGAAGAUAACAAAGAAACAUAGACGAUUAUCUCUCUUUCAUAGUCAACUUGAUAAGUAGUAACUGUUAUUAUAUAUAGAUGUGUUUUUGAUGUCUAACCCACUGUGUCCUGUCUUUGGUUCAAUUCUAUUUUGUGUAAGUGUGUCUAUUUCUCGUCAUAUGCUAUCGUAUAACACAAUAUAAACGUAAAUAAAAU